CUCACCAUCUCUCUCUCUCUCUCUCUCUCUCUCUCUCUCUUUGGUUUGGUUGUGCUCCUUCAAUGGCGUCCGUGAACUACAAGGAGCAGCUUGCAGCGCUGGUGGACUCCAUGCUCCAAGAGGGUUUGCUGGAUGAGCAGUUCACGCAGCUGCAGACAUUGCAAGAUGAGACCAGCCCUGGCUUUGUUGCGGAGGUGAUCGCCAUGUUUUGCGGUGAUACUGGGACGGUUUUCAAUGAGAUUGAGACUAUCAUGAAUCAGGCUGUGAUUGAUUUCCAAAAUGUGGAUCCUCUUGUUCAUCGUCUGAAAGGAAGUAGCUGCACCGUUGGAGCUCCGAAGAUGAAACUGGCGUGCGUUCAGUAUCGUCAGUUCCGUGAUGCAAACGACCGCCAGGGGUGUCUGAGUGCUGUGAAUUUGAUCAAAGAUGAAUAUAAUAUUCUGCGAAACAAAUUUGAGACCAUGCUGAAUCUGGAGAGGAUGAUUCAAGCCGGUGGCACCAACAAGCCAAAUGGAAAGUAAGAAGUUUCAAAGAGAGCCUUCAUCAUGGUGACUGGUUACAAAUGUUCUUAUUGCCCAUAUAAAGUGGCUAACUUUUUGUAAACCAGAGCCUCUAUUUUAUAAUAAAACUUGGACAUCAAUACUUGUCCUCCUUUCA